AUGCUAACCUCCCCCGCUCUCCGUGAGCUUGAGAGCAAGUUCGUGCUAUCCGACCUCGCUGACGAUGCGACGCUCAUCCCCCUCCAUACGCUCGACAAAGUCGCGCCGACGACGCCGCUGCUGCACGUCUACUCGGAGCAGCUCACCGCCUCGCGCGCCUCGUGCGAGGAUGCGAUGCGCCGCCUCUUCGCCUUCCUGGGCGUGCCGCCUCUGCCAGCGGUGUGCGACCGUGCGGGCGCUCCCGCGCCGGAGAGGCGGAGUGGCGAGUGCCGCGGCGGGGACGGGCUCUGCAGCGUUGAGAAGCUGCGAGCCCCGCGCCGCGCAUGGCUAUACCAUCGACGAGUUGCUGACGAGCUGACACUCGGUUUGAGUGAGGCUGAGGCCUCCAUAGAGCCGCGUACGCGAUCGUCCGGCUGA